GAAUUUUUGAGAAGCAUAGAAAGUAUCUUAAAGUUACUUCGAAAUGCAGAACUACAUUUUACUUCUGUUAAUUUUUGCAAUAAGCAUUGUUCGCAAUUCCUGUGUGCCAAGUGUGAGAGUGUUCGAGCAAAAGUCCCAGCCAUCACAGAAAACACCUGUUGAAGGAUGUAAAUGUGUAGGAUACAACUGUGGCUGUUGUCAGCAUUUAGAAGUGGAUGAGAUACACCUUAAUGAUACAGUGUGUAUAAAUGUGACGUAUCUGGACAAGGACUACGGACUGGAGGUCACACUGAGUGUGGACGGACAUGUCUACAUCAACGCUUCUGUAUCAGCCCGGAACCCCCCUCCUCUGUGUGCCGCUAUACCGGGUCUUAAGGACCUCGCCAGUGUGUGUCUGCAAUUUUACAACCUCAGUGUCAGUUCCACGUCCUUUUCUGGUUGUCUCAGGGUCGUGGCGAAGCUGAAGUACGUCACUGUGGAUAAGAUAGACAUUGGCUGCUUUAAGAUACCACCUUCUGCCGGGAAUCGAUGGGAUUCUCAACAUCCGAGGAGACCCGUUUUUCUUGACAAAACUGGGGGUUUAAAGACAUGGGACAAUUGGUCAGCUAUGAGGAAGUAUUUCGAAAUAAACAGAAACCAACUUAAACAGAUUUAAAAAGUUUAAAAACGUACUUUUAUCUCUACACGCGAAUUCCAUAUUUUUCUCACUCGAAUAGCAAAAAAGCUUGUAGCUUUUUAAUAUAUAAUUAUAAACCUGCUUACUAAUAUUGUUGGUAGCUCUGAAUCUCUUACCAAUGACUUAUACAGUGUACCUAGUUACUUUAAAUUUUAAUAUAUAGCAUGGAAGGCUAACGUUUCCUUACAGUUGUUACGUUCUAUACACAGAGUAAUAAUAAUAGUAUUUGUAUGUUUAAUCAAGAGUAGAUUGAAAUUUCAUUUCAUACCAUUAAAUACCAUGUAAAAAAAAAAGAAUGGCACUGAAGUAUUGCAGGUGAGCUUAAAUUACACUUAUUGAUUUGAGAUAUAAUUGUGUUUUGAAAAGUGAUUAGCAUUUACCGUCAUACUAUAACUUUUUAAAAUAGAUUAUAUUUUGUUCAACUGAAAAUGAAAUUCCCUGUAGAAUUAGGGUAGAUGAUUGAUCCAUUAUAAGGGAGAACAAGUUGUAUAUGUACUUUGAAUAUUAUCCCGUCAGACGGAUUUAUAUACAUAAAGAUAUAUAUACACUAGCGGCAAAGCCGAUUUGUAUAUGUUUAUAAUGUUGUUAUUAUAAAUAAAAGCCAAAAAUGGUAGGAAA